UGCCCGAAGCGGGGCGGAGCGGAGCCGAGAAGGGCCGGGCCGGGCCGGGCAGGCGCUGGCGGCAGCAGCGCGGAGAGCUUUGGAGCCCCGGUCCCUGACAUGGCACCUGGAAAACACGGGAAGAGCACAGGGCCCUCAGAGGACCCCUCAGUUACACUUUUCCGAGAAUAUCUGAGGAUUGACACCGUCCACCCCAAACCUGACUAUGAUGCAGCUAUCCAGUUUCUGGAGCGUGUUGGCACUGAACUGGGCUUGGCCUGCCAGAAAGUUGAGGUGUGCCAGGGCCGUGUGGUGCUGAUCCUGACCUGGCAGGGCACGAACCCCCGCCUGCGCUCCAUCCUCCUCAACUCCCACACCGAUGUUGUUCCUGUCUUCGAGGAACACUGGACCUACCCACCCUUCGAGGCUGUUAAGGACUCGCAAGGCAACAUCUAUGCCCGGGGUGCCCAGGACAUGAAAUGUGUCUCCAUCCAGUACCUUGAGGCUGUCCGGAGACUGAAGGCAGAGGGGAAGUGUUUUGCUCGCACCAUCCACAUCACCUUUGUGCCUGAUGAGGAGGUGGGUGGACACAAGGGCAUGGAGAUGUUUGUGCAGUGCCCCGAGUUCAGAGCACUCAACGUGGGCUUCGCCCUGGACGAGGGCCUGGCCAGCCCAUCUGACACCUACAGCGUCUUCUAUGGUGAGAAGAGCCCAUGGUGGAUAAAGGUGAAGUGCAUGGGUAGUCCUGGGCAUGGGUCCCGCUUCAUCAGCAACACAGCAGCUGAGAAGAUGCACAAAGUCAUCAGCUCCUUCCUGGCCUUCAGGGAGAGUGAGAAGCAGAGGCUCAAAUCCGACUCAAGCCUGACCCUAGGGGAUGUCACCUCCCUCAACUUGACCAUGCUGGAGGGAGGUGUCUCCUUCAAUGUGGUGCCCUCUGAGAUGGCAGCCGGCUUCGAUAUCCGCAUCCCUCCUACCGUAGAUCUGAAGGCCUUUGAGGACCAGGUGGCUGCAUGGUGCCGGGAUGCUGGGGAUGGUGUCACCUAUGAAUUCCACCAGAAAUGCAUGGACCAACAUGUCACCUCCACUGAGGAGUCAGACCCAUGGUGGAAAGCCUUCAGUGGGGCCUUCAGGGACAUGAAGCUACAGCUCAAACUCGAGAUCUUCCCAGCUGCCACCGACAGCCGCUACAUCCGAGCGGCAGGACACCCCGCGAUCGGCUUCUCACCCAUGAACCGCACCCCAGUGCUGCUCCACGACCACAACGAGUUCCUCAAUGAGCAAGUUUUCCUGCGGGGCAUCGACAUCUACGCCCGCCUCCUGUCCGCCCUGGCAUCCGUGCCCCCACUGCCCGCUGAGGGCUGAAUGCCCUAGUACAGGACAGGAUGAGGGGGUGCUAAGCAGCAGGGUGCCAGGCUCUAAAAAAGAGGGCAGAGGGUGGGCACAGCAAACACCUACCAGCGUGGGGAGCCAGCUGGCAUCGUGCUGUGUUCGCUAUGCUCAGGGCUGGCCUGGUGGCAAUGCCUGUGCCAUGUUGUGCCCUCCCUGGGGGCUGUGUCCCCCUUGCCCAGGUGCCUCCUGCCUUUCCAAGUGUUGGCAGUGCCUCCCCCUGUCCCCAUGCCACCUCCAGUUGCAGUGGCUGUGGGGUGAGGGGCUGGGCAGUGCCCUACUUUGCUUACCCGUGCCUCAUCCUGCCCUCUGCCUACUUGUUAGCGGAGCUGGGGCUGGUGCCCCCCAUCCUCCCUGUGCAAGCCAAUAAAUCUCCUUGGUAAGUACGACCAG